CUAGAAGCUUUCGAGAAUGUGCGUUACCCUUUCCGCCACUCUUUCCGGGGGAGCUGGCGCAUUGUCCUCUCGACCACCUGCUGUAACGUUACCGUGCUUCAUCUUCCGCCUUCGUCGAUCUUAUAAUCCUGCGACUCGUCGCCGCUUUUUGCUUUCCUAGUCCUCCUCUGUUCGAUAUCGUUUGUUCCCUACCUGAGGACUGUCCCUACGAGUAUUGAAACUCUGUAGGCUAUCGCCGCCAAGCACCAUGGAUGAUACUGCGCCCCCAAAGUAUGCCGUCGCCGUAGGCAAGGAUGUCGACCCUGAACCGGCCGGAACUCCUUCGGACAACUUGUCCCUGAACAAAGUGGACAUCCUCGGCGACGAGUUGUCCGAUCCUGCCUUGACCAAGAAGAUGCAUCUCGUCAACAACGCCAUUGACGAGAUCGGUCUGACUCCAUACCAUGCGAAACUCUUCGUCUUGAACGGGUUUGGCUACGCGGCCGACUCUCUCAUGCUCUUGGUCCAGUCCGUCAUUGCCCCGACUGCCAUCUACGAAUUCAAACCAACUUUCACCACCGGUCUGACCGUCGCCGUCUAUGUCGGCAUGUUGGUCGGCGCGCUAUUCUGGGGCCUGUCUGCUGAUAUCAUCGGUCGGAAAUACGCCUUCAACGUCUCCCUACUCAUCUCGGCCAUCUUCUGCAUCGUCGCCGGCUCUGCUCCCAACUGGGAAGUGCUCGGGCUUUUCGUUUGUCUGUCCGCGUUCGGCAGCGGUGGAAAUCUGGUCCUGGAUACCGCCGUAUUCUUGGAGUACCUGCCUUCCAGCAAGCAAUGGCUCGUCACCCUUAUGGCCUCUUGGUGGGGUGUGGGUCAAUUGGUGACCGGACUAUUUGCCUGGGCAUUCCUUCCCCGAUACAGCUGCGCCGGUGUCGACGACGUCUGCAACUGGCGCACCAACGCCGGUUGGAGAUACGUGUGGUUCGCCAGCGGUGCUCUGGUCUUGGUCAUGAGCAUCCUCCGAAUCGUCGUCAUCCGUCUCAAUGAGACCCCCAAAUAUCUCGUCGGCGAAGGCAAAGACGUUGAAGUGGUGAAGAGCCUGCAGUACAUCGCGCAAAAGUACAAUCGCCCAUGCAGCCUCACCGUAGAGCAGCUCCAAGAGUGUGGACAGCUUCGGCAACAUUCGGGCAGCCGCCGCUCCGCACAGUUCAAGCACAUCACUGGCCUCUUCGCCACAAGGAAGAUGACUCUUAGCACUUCGCUCAUCUGGUUCUCCUGGGCGCUCAUCGGUCUCGCAUACCCGCUCUUCUACGUCUUCCUGCCAAAUUACUUGAGCAGACUUCCCUCGCAAACCGUGAAUGAGAGCUGGAGAGAUUAUGCUAUUGGAAAUGUCGCGUCCAUCCCGAGUCCGAUCCUAGCUGCGUACAUGUGCAACUCUAAAUGGUUCUGGGGCCGUCGUGGAACUAUGAUCAUCGGCUCGCUGCUCACCAUGAUUUUCAUGUUCGUCUACACUCAGAUCGAAACCCAAGCUCAGAAUUUGGGCAUCACCUGUGCCAUCGCCUUUUGCCUGGUAAGUCCUAUCGUUUCCUUCCGUCCUCUCUAUCUCCAUAUCUCAAAGAUAUCAAUCCGAUCUACAUUCGACACCCUCACAAAAUCCAACAAUGCGAGUCUCAAGCGCACUUCCCGUUGAGCUUUGAGGUGAUGACAUCCAAAAUGUCCGGGUGGUGGCCCUUGACACUGCACCUGACUAUUGGUGCCCUUCGACUAUCAAGCCCGGAUCGAGUUUGAGAAUGAAUUCAU